AUGGGGAAGAAGAGUGGUUCUUCUUCUUCUUGGCUCACCGCCGUUAAACGAGCUUUCCGAUCUCCGACCAAGAAAGAACAUAACAACAACAAUGCUCAUGGUAAUGAAGCUGAGGAAGACGAAGACAAGAAGAGAGAGAAGAGACGGUGGUUAUUCAGAAAAUCGACGAAUCACGACUCUCCGGCGAAGACCUCCGUCGUCGGAAAAGACGUCCCUGCACCGAAAUCCACGGAAACGGAGACAAACAACACAACCGUCUCAUCCUCUGUUACAGAACAGAAAUCCGCCGCAUCAACACCUUUCGCCACCGUCUCCGCCGCACCAGAAGCCCCUCCGAAGACGACGGAGCUACCAAAUCUCUCAAGACGGACUUAUACAGCAAGAGAAAAUUACUCAGCUAUCGUCAUCCAAACUGGUUUCAGAGGUUAUCUGGCAAGAAGAGCAUUAAGAGCGUUAAGAGGAUUAGUGAAGCUACAAGCAUUAGUGAGAGGUCACAAUGUUAGGAAGCAAGCGAAGAUGACACUACGGUGUAUGCAAGCUCUAGUCCGAGUCCAGUCACGUGUCCUUGACCAACGCAAACGCUUGUCCCACGACGGUAGUCGCAAAUCUGCCUUCAGCGACACUCACAGCGUCCUCGAAUCUCGUUAUCUCCAAGAUGUUUCAGACAGAAGAUCCAUGUCAAGAGAAGGAAGCAGCAUUGCAGAAGAUUGGGAUGAGCGACCACACACGAUUGAAGAAGUGAAAGCAAUGCUGCAACAGAGACGAGACAAUGCUUUGAGACGAGAGAGUAAUAGCAGUUUAUCACAAGCUUUCUCUCAAAAGAUUCGGAGAACCAGAGGUAGUCAAUCUGUGGGAGACGAGGAAGAAGAAGAGAGACCGAAAUGGUUAGACCGAUGGAUGGCGUCUAAACCGUGGGACAAACGAGCUUCAACGGAUCAAAGACCACCGGUUUACAAAACCGUUGAAAUCGAUACUUCUCAACCGUAUUUAACCCGCGGUUACUCGAGAACCGGAGCUAGCCCAAGCCGUAACCAAAGGUCUAGCUCACCAUCAAGAACCAAUUUCACAUCAGCUACACCGUCUCCGGCUAAAUCCAGACCGAUUCAAAUCCGGUCCGCGAGUCCACGGAUUGGAAGAGAUGACCGGUCAACUUACAAUUACACCUCAAACUCAAACACACCUAGCUUGAGAUCUAACUACAGCUUCACCGCGAGAAGCGGUUAUAGCGUUUGCACCGCUUCAACCGCUGCAUUGCCGAAUUACAUGGCGAUCACGGAAUCAGCAAAGGCUAGGAUCCGGUCUCAGAGCGCGCCGAGGCAACGUCCUUCGACGCCUGAGAAAGACCGGGCCGGUUCAGCUAGAAAACGGCUUUCUUAUCCGGUUCCGCCGCAGCAGCCACCGGAGGCUGGAGGAGGGUACUACGGUGGUGAUAAUAACAGCCAGAGUUUAAGGAGUCCGAGUUUCAAGAGUAUAGGAGGUUCGCAAUUGGGUGCAUUGGAGCAACAAUCGAAUUACUCUUCUUGCUGUACUGAGUCUCUUGGUGGUGGAGGAGAGAUCUCGCCUGCUUCUACUUCCGAUUAUAGACGGUGGUUAAGGUGA